CAACUAUUCGGCUUCCUGUCAGAGUUGGUCCCGCCAGUCUGGAAGUUGUUUUUAUGAGGGAAAGGUCCGCAAUAGCUUACCGACAGACACCCUCUGAAGUCCGCCUAAGCGCUUGGUAUCAAGAACUUGUUAUCAACCCCAAUUCGAAGGUGGCUACUGGGGAGAACAGGACCUUUUCUGUUCCGGAACGGAAAACGCGCGCGCACAGGCUGUUUCCGGGGGUGCGCGGAGGCCGGUGCCCUGAUGCGUCCCGCCCCUCGCGCGGCCACGUCUUACAGGAGCCCCAGGGUUGGGCCGCACUGGGAAUCAUGAUAUUGCUUUGUUUUACUUCAAGCCAUUUGUGAGACUUUAAACCUUACCCUGAAAAUGAAAAACAGAGUAAGGUCCUUCCUAGGAGCUCUGUGCUGUUGCUGAUGGCAGAAACCAAACUUAUCCCAGAGCCACUUGUAGCUCCUCAGAGUCGUCUCAGUCUAGGCUGCCCUGACCAUGGAUGGCGGAUCAGCACAGCAGGAUGGCCUCUGGGAAGACAGAUCCAACAGUGGCAUCUCAGCUUGCCCCAAGGCCCCUGUGGAGACCCUGGACUCACUGGCACAACUGCCAGAGCAGCCAGAUAAAGCUCAGUGUGCCAGUGUUGAGGUUAACAGAGUUUCUAGGGAAGGAGGAACCCCGGAUAGACCCAGCCAGGAGGCCCUCUGUCAGAAUGGGCCAGCACCGCAGCUUCCAGACUCUCCAUUGUCUCUUGAUCCCACAACAAGCCCAGUGGGUCCUGAUGCCUCUCCAGGUGUGGCUGGUUUCCAUGACAACCUAAAGAAGUCUCAGGGAACUAGUGCUGAGGGCAGUGUUAGAAAAGAAGCUUUGCAGUCUCUCAGACUCAGUCUUCCUAUGCAAGAAACGCAACUGUGUUCCACUGCCUCUUCACCUCCUUUGGAAAAGGAGGAACAGGUCCGACUUCAGGCUAGGAAGCGGUUAGAAGAACAACUGAGACAGUACCGAGUGAAGCGCCAGCAGGAGAGGUCCAGUCAACCUGCAACAAAAAUGAGACUUUUUAGCACACUUGAUCCUGAGCUCAUGUUAAAUCCAGAAAAUUUGCCAAGGGCCAGUACUGUGGCUAUGACAAAAGAGUAUUCCUUCCUGCGUACCAGUGUUCCUCGGGGGCCCAAGGUGGGCAGCUUAGGGCUGCUAGCACAACCUAAGGAGAAAAAGAGUUCCAAGUCAAGCAAGAUUCGGUCUCUGGCUGAUUAUAGAACUGAAGAUUCAAGCGACUCUGGUGGCCUUGGAUCCACUGCUGAUGCUAUUGGAGGUUCCCUGAAGCAGAGUAGAAGCAGCACUUCAGUUGUGUCUGAGGUUAGCCCAUCUCCUGAAACUGAUAGCCGCAUAGAGAAUGCCUCCCUGACUGGGGAUAGCGUGUCUGAGGCUGAUGGAAAUGAAAGUGACAGCUCCUCACAUAGCAGCUUCUCCAUGCAAGGGACCUCACGUAUCCUAGUGAAUGUGGGCACACCAGGAGCUGCUUACAUGAUCGAUGGCCAGGAGAUUACUGCUGAGGCCCUGGGGAAAUUUCCCUCGAUUAAGGAUGUACUUCAGGCUGCAGCAGCCCAACACCAAGAUCAGAGCCAGGAAGUCAACGGGGAGGUGCGGAGCCGCAGAGACAGUAUUUGCAGCAGUGUGUCCAUAGAGAGCUCUCUUGCUGAAACGCAGGAUGAAAUGUUGCAGAUUCUUAAAGAAAAAAUGAGGCUUGAAGGACAGCUGGAGGCUUUGUCAUUAGAAGCCAGUCAGGCGCUUCAGGAAAAGGCUGAGCUUCAGGCCCAGCUUGCUGCCCUGAGCACAAGGCUACAAGUGCAGGUGGAGCAUAGCCAUAGCAGCCAGCAGAAGCAGGACUCCCUCAGUUCUGAAGUGGACACCUUGAAGCAGUCUUGCUGGGAUCUGGAGCGAGCCAUGACUGACCUACAGAACAUGCUGGAAGCUAAAAAUGCCAGCUUGGCAUCCUCGAACAAUGAUCUGCAGGUGGCAGAGGAGCAGUAUCAGAGGCUGAUGGCCAAAGUAGAGGACAUGCAGAGAAACAUCCUCAGCAAGGACAAUACAGUGCAUGACCUGCGGCAGCAGAUGGCAGCCCUACAGAGCCAGCUUCAGCAAGUGCAGCUGGAGCGUACAACAUUGACCAGCAAGCUACAAGCAUCACAGGCUGAAAUCACAUCUCUGCAACAUGCUCGGCAGUGGUACCAGCAGCAGCUUGCCUUGGCCCAGGAGGCCCGGGUCAGGCUACAAGGCGAGGUGGCCCACAUCCAGGUUGGACAGAUGACCCAAGCAGGCCUGCUGGAGCACCUGAAGCUUGAGAAUGUGUCCCUAUCCCACCAGCUGUCAGAAACUCAGCACAGAUCCAUCAAGGAAAAAGAGCGCAUAGCUGUUCAACUUCAGAGCAUUGAGGCUGACAUGUUGGAUCAGGAGGCAGCCUUUGUCCAGAUUCGGGAGGCAAAGACAAUGGUGGAGGAGGACCUCCAGAGGAGGCUAGAAGAGUUCGAAGGUGAACGGGAGCAGCUACAGAAGGUGGCAGAUGCGGCAGCAUCCCUAGAGCAACAGUUGGAACAGGUGAAGUUGACACUGCAGCAACGAGACCAGCAGCUUGCAGCACUGCAGCAGGAGCACCUAGACGUGAUGAAGCAGCUCACCUUGACACAGGAGGCUCUACAGGCCAAGGGACAGUCCCUUGAUGAUCUGCACACACACUAUGAUGAGUUGCAAGCAAGGCUGGAGGAGCUGCAGGGGGAAGCUACCUCCAAGGAGGACACAAUUCGCUUCCUGCAAAAUGAGAAGAUUGUCUUGGAGGUGGCGCUGCAGGUGGCCAGAACUGACAAGGAAGAACUCGACAAAGGAGUGAGACAUCUGGAGGAAGAUACCGAGGAGACAUCAGGACUUUUGGAGCAACUGAGACAAGAAUUGGCAGUCAAGUCCAGCCAGGUGGAACACCUACAGCAGGAGACAGCCUCCCUGAAAAAGCAGAUGCAGAAGGUAAAGGAGCAGUUUCUUCAGCAAAAGGUAAUGGUAGAGGCCUACCGGCGAGAUGCCACUUCCAAAGACCAACUCAUUAGCGAGCUGAAAGCCACAAAGAAGCGGCUGGACUCAGAGAUGAAGGAACUGAGACAGGAACUAAUCAAGCUGGUUGGAGAGAAGAAGAUUGUGGAAGUGGAGCAAUCACGCUUGCAGAAGGAGGUGUCCCUGGUUCACCAGCAGAUGGUGGAUCUUGAGGGUCAUCUUCAGUCAGUGCAGAAAGAACGAGAUGAAAUGGAGACUCAUCUACAGUCUUUGCAGUUUGACAAAGAGCAGAUGGUUGCUCUUACCGAAGCGAAUGAGACACUAAAGAAACAAAUAGAAGAGCUGCAGCAAGAGGCCAAGAAGGCUAUCACAGAACAAAAGCAGAAGAUGAAGCGGCUGGGCUCAGAUCUGACCAGUGCCCAGAAGGAGAUGAAGACUAAGCACAAGGCCUAUGAAAAUGCUGUGAGCAUCCUCAGCCGCCGCCUGCAGGAGGCCUUGGCUGCCAAAGAGGCUGCAGAUGCAGAGCUGAACCAGCUAAGAGCUCAGAGCACUGGUGGCAGCAGUGACCCUGUUCUUCAUGAGAAGAUCCGUGCUCUGGAGGUGGAGCUACAGAAUGUUGGCCAGAGCAAGAUGCUGCUAGAGAAGGAAUUGCAGGAGGUAAUCGCAAUGACUAGCCAGGAGCUGGAAGAGUCCCGGGAGAAGGUGCUGGAGCUGGAAGAUGAGCUUCAAGAAUCCAGAGGCUUCAGAAGGAAGAUAAAACGCCUUGAGGAAUCGAAUAAGAAAUUGGCUCUGGAGUUAGAACAUGAGCGAGGGAAGCUCACUGGCCUUGGACAGUCCAACGCAGCUUUGCGGGAGCACAACAGCAUCCUGGAGACUGCACUCGCCAAGAGGGAAGCAGAUCUGGUGCAGCUGAAUCUACAGGUCCAGGCAGUUUUGCAGCGCAAAGAGGAGGAGGAUCGCCAGAUGAAGCAACUUGUCCAGGCUUUACAAGCUUCAUUAGAGAAGGAAAAGAUGGAAGUAAACAGCCUUAAGGAGCAGGUGUCUGCUGCCAGGGCAGAAGCUGGCCAUAACCGCCGUCACUUUAAGGCAGCCACAUUGGAGCUGAGUGAGGUGAAAAAGGAACUGCAGGCCAAGGAGCACCUGGUACAGACACUGCAGGCUGAGGCGGAUGAGCUCCAGAUUCAAGAGGGCAAGCAUUCCCAAGAAGUAGCGCAGUUCCAAGCUGAGCUAGCAGAGGCUCGGACCCGGCUCCAUCUCCUACAGAAACAGCUGGAUGAGCAGCUGGGCCAGCAGCCCACAGGGAGCCAAGAGAUGGAAAAUCUCAAAUGGGAGUUGGACCAGAAAGAGCGAGAAAUUCAGUCCCUGAAGCAGCAGCUUGACAUGAUGGAGCAACAGGGCAAGAAAGAACUAGAGGGAACACAGCAGACAUUGCAGACUAUCAAGUCUGAGUUGGAGAUGGUACAGGAAGAUCUGUCUAUGACACAGAAGGAUAAAUUUAUGCUUCAAGCUAAGGUAUCUGAACUGAAAAACAACAUGAAGACUCUGCUUCAGCAGAACCAGCAGCUCAAGCUGGAUCUCCGCCGUGGUGCAGCAAAGAAGAAGGAGCCAAAAGGUGAGUCCAGCUCCUCCAGCCCUGCGACACCCAUCAAGAUCCCUGACUGCCCUGUCCCAGCUUCACUGUUAGAGGAACUGCUGAGGCCCCCGCCUGCUGUGAGCAAGGAGCCCCUCAAGAACCUGAACAGCUGUUUGCAGCAGCUCAAGCAGGAGAUGGACAGUCUGCAGCGCCAAAUGGAGGAGCAUACCAUCACUGUGCACGAAUCCCUGUCCUCAUGGGCUCAGGUGGACUCUGCACCAGGAGACCGUGCUCACCCCAGGGGAGACACAAAGCCACAUAGUCAAAGCAGUGCUCCCAGAGAAGGGCUGGGCCAGUAACUGUUGCUGUCCUCACAACCAAGUAUAUGUGGCUGCUGAA